AUGAGCAAGAACCGCUUCCCAGAAACAGCUCUCCACUUCGUCAAUGCCUCGGGGAAGGGCCGUCCCUUGAUGCACCCCUCUUUCGCCUUCCUGCCCAGCCGCCGCCGCCUCCGUCUCUGUGACCGCUGCAACGGCCUCCUCCUCUGUCGUUUGUACGACGCCUCCACCCGAGGCUGCCGAUACGUCGUGUGCAAUCCUGCCACGGAGCAGUGGGUGGUUUUACCUGAGCACGGCCAGUCGAUCCCCUCCCAACCACUGGCCGGCUUCUUCUACAACAACACGAGCAAGAACCGCUUCCCGGAAUCAGCUCUCCACUUCGCCAAUGCCUCGGGGGAGGGCCGCCCCUUAAUCCACCCCUUUUUUGCCUUCCUGCCUAGCCGCAGGCGCCUCCGCCUCUGGGACUGUUGCAACGGCCUCCUCCUCUGCCGAUUGUACGACACAGGCGGCAAAUUCCGGUACGUCGUGUGCAAUCCCGCCACGGAGCAGUGGGUGGUUUUACCCGACCCUGACCCCGGUCAGGAAGGCAAGGUGGGCACGGCGCGUUUGGGGUUUGAUCCGGCCGUCUCUUCACACUUCCAUGUGUUCGUAUUGAUGGUCGAUGCUGACCGCCACAUCACCGGAGCCGAUGUGUACUCGUCCGAGUCUGGCGGAUGGAUUCACAAGGACAAGGGAUGGGACAACAACGUCAGCCUUGCUGAUCCUCUCUCACCGACCGUCUUUCUUAACGGCUAUCUGCAUUUCCGCACUAUUUGCGAUCAGUGGCGUGUCGCUGCGGUUGACACCAAGGGAGAAUCAUGGUCGAGCUUCGAUACCCCUUGUGGUAUUUUCAGUGAUUAUUCGAAUCUUGGUCUCAUCCAACAGUCACAGGGCCGCUUGUAUUAUGUCAGCUUGAACAAUGAGUAUUGGGAUGGUGCUUAUAUUCAACUCGAAGUUUACGCUCUCAAGGGCUACACCAACAAAAAAUGGACAUUAAAGCACAGAGCACAAGGCUUAGAUGAGUUUGGAGGGGUCACUCAGGAUUACUUUGAAUGGACUGCGAUUGAUCCAGAAUGUAACUCAAUAUUCCUCAUAGAUGGGUCGGAUAAAACUUUAAAGCGAUAUGAUAUGGAUUGUCAAGAUGUGACGGAGCUCGCCACACUUGGAGAGGGCCAUACGCCAUAUUUGCCAUAUGUGCCGUUUUACUCUGAGUUAGAAUCUUUGUGCAAGUGA